AUGAAAGAUUGGCUCAACAUUCCUCUUAUACAGAUCUUCACCCUGGCAGCCUUCAGCUUGACAGAGAAGCUCCCUAAAGCACCAAUCAUCACUACUUCUCUUGAAACAGUGGAUGCAUUGGUUGAAGAGGCAGCCACCUUUGUGUGUGUCGUAAAGUCUUUCCCCCAGGCAGAGAUUACCUGGACACGCAAUAACAUUCCUAUCAGGUUUUUUGAUACUAGAUAUGCCAUACGAGAAAAUGGGCAACUCCUAACUAUUUUGAGUGUGGAAGACAGUGAUGAUGGGAUAUAUUGUUGCACCGCAAACAACGGUGUAGGAAUAGAAGCAGAAAGCUGUGGGGCAUUACAAGUGAAAAUGAAACCGAAAAUAACCCGUCCACCUUCAAAUCUGAAAAUCAUUGAAGGAUUAAAGGCUGUUUUCCCAUGCACUACAAUGGGAAAUCCCAAGCCUUCAGUUUCCUGGAUCAAAGGAGAAAACGUGAUAAAGGAAAAUUCUCGGAUUGCUAUUCUUGAAUCUGGCAGUUUAAGGAUUCAUAAUGUGCAGAAGGAAGAUGGUGGACAUUACCGCUGUGUGGCAAAGAAUAGUCUCGGGACAGCCUACUCUAAACCUGUAAUUCUGGAAGUGGAAGUUUUUGCUCGAAUUCUGAAGGCUCCUGAAUCCUAUAAUGUCAGCUUUGGCUCUGUGGUAACUCUGCAGUGUGUAGCAACAGGCAUCCCAACUCCCACCAUAACAUGGCUUGAAAAUGGAAAAGCUGUGUCAGCAGGAUCCAUAGUAGAAACAGUAGAAGACAAAAUGAUUGAUUCACGGCUGCAGGUUUAUGUCACUCGUCCAGGUUUAUUCACCUGUAUAGCCACCAACAAGCACAGUGAGACUUAUGGCACUGCAAAAGCUGCAGCAACUAUUAAUGUUUCAGAAUGGAGCAAAUUCUACAAAGGUGAUGCAGGCUACUGCAGUUCAUAUCGGGGAGAGGUGUGCAGUGCUUUGUUGGCAAAGGAUGCAUUUGUUUUUUUUAAUACUUCCUAUGGAGACCCAGAGGAGACCCAGGAAUUGCUUGUUCGCACAGCCUGGGCUGAGCUGAAAACCAUGAGUCCGUUCUGCCGUCCAGCCGCUGAGUCACUGCUCUGUCACUACAUCUUCCAGGAGUGCAACCCCUCCAGGAUUGGACCUGCUCCAAAACCUGUUUGCAGAGAGCAUUGCCUUGCUGUAAAGGAUCUCUACUGCUUUAAGGAAUGGCUUGCGAUGGAAGAAAAUGCCCGCAGAGGUAUUUAUAAGCCGGCACUGAUGUUGCUUACUUUGCCAGAGUGUAACAGACUUCCCAGCAUGCACCAAGAUCCCACCGUCUGCACCAGGAUCCCACAUUUUGAGCUGAAAAAAGAAGGCACAACAGAAACUUGUUACAAAGGGAAUGGGGCAACAUAUGAAGGUUCGGUGAAUGUCACAGCUUCUGGCAUUCCAUGUCAGAAGUGGAGUGCACAGGUUCCUCAUGCACACAGAAAAACACCUGAGAUUUUCCCAGAGCUCUUCGAUGCAAUCAAUUAUUGUCGUAAUCCAGGAGGUGAAAAUGCACGGCCCUGGUGUUAUACAAAAGAUCCUUCUAUACAGUGGGAAUAUUGCCACAUACCUCAGUGUGAAGAUGAUUCCUUGGCAUUGGGAACAACAAAGUUGAGUACAGUAUCUCCACAUUUCCCUUUCUUCUCCUCUCUCUCUCCUACCUACUCCAUGACUGUCAUCAUCUCCAUCAUCUCCAGCUUUGCAAUGGUCAUCAUUCUCAUUAUUACAGUCCUUGUUUGUUGUCGGAGACGCAAGCAGUGGAAAAACAAAACAAGGGAGUUGGUACCACCAGCUCUGACCACUCUUCCUUCGGAGCUCUUGUUGGACAGGCUGCACCCCAACCCCAUGUAUCAACGCAUGCCUCUACUUUUGAAUCCCAAAUUAUUCAGUUUGGAAUAUCCACGAAAUAAUAUUGAAUACGUAAGAGAUAUCGGAGAAGGUGCUUUUGGACGGGUCUUCCAAGCAAGGGCUCCUGGACUGCUUCCCUAUGAACCCUUCACAAUGGUUGCAGUGAAGAUGCUCAAAGAAGAAGCCUCAGCAGACAUGCAGGCCGAUUUUCAGAGAGAGGCAGCUCUCAUGGCUGAAUUUGACAAUCCAAACAUUGUCAAACUUUUAGGGGUGUGUGCUGUCGGAAAGCCAAUGUGCCUGCUUUUCGAAUACAUGGCGUUUGGAGACCUGAACGAAUACCUGCGAAACCGAUCGCCACGCAGCCUCUGUAACCCAAGCGGCAACAACCUUGAGCCAAAGAUCAGACCCUCCAGCCCUAACGUGCCCACUCUUUCUUGCACUGAACAACUCUGCAUUGCCAAACAAGUCGCAGCCGGAAUGGCCUAUCUUUCAGAACGCAAGUUUGUGCACCGGGACCUGGCCACGAGAAACUGUUUGGUAGGAGAAAACAUGGUGGUUAAAAUUGCUGACUUUGGUCUCUCCAGAAAUAUGUACUCGGCGGACUAUUACAAAGCCAAUGAGAACGAUGCCAUCCCCAUACGUUGGAUGCCCCCUGAAUCUAUCUUCUACAACCGUUAUACGACAGAGUCUGAUGUCUGGGCCUAUGGAGUGGUCCUGUGGGAAAUUUUUGCCUUUGGCAUGCAACCCUAUUAUGGGAUGGCUCACGAGGAAGUCAUUUAUUACGUAAGAGAUGGAAAUAUCCUGUCGUGCCCAGAUAACUGCCCUUUGGAGCUGUACAAUCUGAUGCGCCUUUGUUGGAGCAAGUUGCCUUCGGAUAGGCCGAGCUUCGCAGGCAUCCACCGUAUUCUGGAGAGGAUGUACGAGAGGGCGAUGGCUGCCGAGCAGGUGUGAACUGUUCUCUCGAGCAAGGGACUCCCAAGCUGAACCCUUCAGGUGUAUUGGAUAACAAACCUGAGAAUUCCCAGACAGACUGACUACUGUAGUCCAAUACAUGGUGGUGAUG